AUGUUUCGGAUCCGACGAGAUCCGACCUGGGGACGAACACACGUCAUUCAAGGUGCAACUCUAUGUUCCACCUACCAACAAUAUGAUGACCACAUUGCAUCAAACUGUCCUCAAACGGACAACCCGGUCGGUUUCCAUUGUGGUCAGAAUCAUCCUUUCGAUUCCAACUGCCGUAACAGCAUCUGCUGUGCAAAUUGCAAGCAGGAACAUAUUGCAGGUAACCCCAGCUGUCCAAUGAAAAUUGAAGCAAGAAGAAAACCUAUAGCCAAACCAGCUGAACUUGAAUCGACAAAACCAAACGUUCCGUCAAAUCUGUCCCACCACCUACAGGUUGGACCAACGCAUAUCACUCGCCUGCGGCAGCCAAAUUAUUUCAUCAAUCAACAAGUCAACAGCUUAAUGCUUCUCAACCGGACUUCCUUUCGAUCUCGAACAAGCCCAACAUCCUGCUGA